AUGUCUACACCUCCAUCAACGUCAGAGGGUCGCGAGUCACACCCCGACGACAUAAAACUGGAUGAAAAUUCCAGCUCUCCUAAUGGAACUUCUGCUUUCACUCAUGAAAACGACGCAGACUCUGUGACCAAUAGCGUCAAGAGAACAUCAUCAAUGUCUCCACAAACAGAGACCAAGAGAAUGCAUGCUGACCCCGAUUUCAGCAAUUCACUUUCAAGAAGAGAAACUUCAGCGACGCCCACCACUACUGGAGCCUCCGUUUACAGCGAUACAGGUAAGGCCAUUCCAGCAUGGAUGAAGAGCAAGACUCAGAACAAGGCCGAGAACAAAUACGAUAAGUACGGUGGUCGCAGAGGCCAGACAACCAGUGCAAGCGCUACGGAGGACCGUUAUGCAAAGUACGCAUCCAGUGAUGACAGGUAUGCCAAAUAUGGAGCAGCCAGGCCCUCGGAAGGAUCUAGAGUGAUUAGAAGACAACCACCACAGGAGAUCGAGAGAGAAGAGCCAAGAAGAACACAAGAGGUUGUCGAAGAGCCUGAAGUAGACACGGUGGCAGCGCCAUAUACUAGUAUUCCUACCAUUGGCGGCCCUGGAAACAAGAGUGAAUAUAGAACAUUCCACAGCUCCAUCACCCACAAGGAAAACAGAGAUAUCAAUAGUAUUGUGAGGGCACAUUACAACCAGAGAACACACCAGUCGAAGCUACAAGGAUCGCGGACAAAGUCACCCAUCUACAAGAUGAGAAAUUUCAACAAUGCCAUCAAGUAUAUGUUAUUGGGAAAUUUUGUCAAGAGACGACUGGAGGGUGCUCCACUCGUGUUCCUAGACUUGUGUUGUGGAAAAGGUGGUGAUUUGAAUAAAUGUGAGUUUGUACAUGUGGACCAGUACAUUGGAGUGGAUAUCAGUGAUGCAUCUGUCAGGGAGGCCUAUUCCAGAUACUCACAGAAUAAGGCUAGGUUCAUGCCACAGAACCCGAACUCAAAGCGUCACAGAGACUCUCGCAGAUACAACUUCGAAGCGUGCUUUGCAACGGGUGACCUUUUCAGUUAUGCACUUCCAGAAAUACUUGAGCCCAACUUUCCAGGUAUUAUGGAUGGGUUGUUUCCUGUGGAUGCUGUAUCUAUCCAGUUUUCGUUUCACUAUGCAUGGGAAACAGAGUCGAAGGUUCGUCAAAUCCUUACAAAUGUCACUAGAUCUUUGCGUCCUGGAGGAACAUUUAUUGGUACCAUCCCAUCGUCAGACUUCAUCAAAGACAAAAUUGUUAAGAAAGAUUAUAUGGACGACAAAACAUUUGGAAAUAGUCUCUACCACGUGAAGUUUGAAGAGGAACCUCCAGAAGAUGGUGUGUUCAGAUCGCCAUUCGGAAACAAAUACGACUACUUCUUGAAGGAUGCUGUUGAUGAUGUGCCUGAGUACGUGGUUCCAUUCGAGUAUUUUCGACUGCUAUGUGAGGACUUUGGUUUGAUCUUAAAGUACAAGAAAAACUUUAUCGAAAUUUUCAACCUGGAGAUUGGGAAGUACUUCUCUCGGUUGAACAAGAAUUUGGUAGAUGGAAUGAAACGAGCAGACGGCAAGUAUGGAGUUGAGGGCGAUGAAAAGGAGGCUGUGGCCUUCUACAUUGGGUUUGUUUUUGAGAAGUUGGGCAAUUAG